CUUUUGAUUGAGGCUUGAGCCAUCCCCUUCCUCUUCUUCUCUUUCUUUCUCCCUGCGUCCCCGAACGAGUUAUGAUAUCGAGAUCUUGCUUGGACCAGUUGAAUCUGCUCUCGUUAGAUGAUUUCCGCGUCGUGAGCCGGGUUCCUAGAGUCAUGACGACCGCCGGAGUGAUGUCCGAUUUCGAGAGCGACCGGUCGCCGAGGUCGGAGUCCGACGACGUCGUCUCGUCGGCCUCGCAGGAGCGGCGGAUCGUCGUCGCGAACCAGCUCCCCGUGCAGGCCCAUCGGGACAAGCAGACCCGGAAGUGGAGGUUCGAGUGGGACCCGGACAGCCCGGUGGCGGUGUUGCAGCUCAAUGACGGGCUGGGACCCGACGUCGAGGUCGUCUACGUCGGCUCCCUGAAGGCCGACAUUGACGUCGCCGAUCAGGAGGAGGUCUCGCAGUUGCUGUUCGAGUCGUUCCGGUGCGUGCCGACGUUCUUGCCUCCGGAUAUGCAGAACAAGUUCUACCACGGCUUUUGCAAGCACUAUCUCUGGCCUCUGUUCCACUACAUGUUGCCCAUGUCGCCGAGCCAAGGGGCUCGGUUCAGCCUCCCGCAGUGGCAGGCUUAUGUGUCUGCCAACAAGAUCUUCGCCGACAAGAUCAUGGAAGUGAUCAACCCGGAAGAGGAUUACGUCUGGAUACAGGACUAUCACCUCAUGGUACUGCCUACUUUUCUGAGGAGGAGGUUCCACAGGAUCAAGGUUGGGUUUUUCUUGCAUAGCCCCUUCCCGUCUUCGGAGAUUUACAGGACGAUUCCGGUGCGUGACGAGAUCUUGAAGGCCUUGUUGAACUGCGAUUUGAUCGGGUUCCACACGUUCGAUUACGCCCGGCAUUUCCUGUCGUGCUGUAGUAGGAUGUUGGGGCUCGACUACGAGUCCAAAAGAGGGUACAUUGGGUUGGACUACUACGGUAGAACCGUGAGUAUCAAGAUUUUGCCGGUCGGGAUUCACAUGGGUCAGCUUCAAUCUGUUUUGUCCAUGGAAUCAACAGCUACGAGGGUUAAAGAAUUGAAGGAGCAAUACGCGGGGAAGAUUAUCAUACUGGGCGUGGACGAUUUGGACAUUUUCAAAGGUAUUAGCUUGAAAUUCUUGGCCAUGGGGCAACUCCUGGAGGCACAACCUGAAUUGAGGGGCAAGGUGGUUUUGGUUCAGAUCACCAAUCCCGCCAGGAGUAGCGGAGAAGACGUGCUACAGGUUCAGGUCGAGACUGAUCACGUCGCCGAGGAGGUCAACAGAAAGUACGGCGGACCUGGGUACGAGCCGAUUGUUCACAUUAAGGAGCCGGCGACGACGCAAGAGAAGUCCGCGUAUUAUUCGAUCGCUGAAUGCGUCGUGGUGAAUGCUGUUAGAGAUGGCAUGAAUCUCGUGCCUUAUAAGUACACUGUGUGCAGACAGGGCAGCCCUGCUUUGGACAAGGCAUUGGGGAUCGACGAGAGUUCCGCUCCGAGGAACAGCAUGAUAAUCGUGUCGGAGUUCAUAGGAUGCUCGCCGUCGCUGAGUGGGGCCAUCCGAGUCAACCCGUGGGACAUAGAUUCGGUCGCGGACGCCAUGAACUCGGCCAUCACGAUCUCCGACUCGGAAAAGCAUCUGCGCCACGACAAGCAUUACAAGUACAUAAGCUCACACGACGUCGAGUACUGGGCUCGGAGUUUCGACCAGGACCUUGAGAGGGCUUGUCGGGAGCAUUACCGGAAGAGGUGCUGGGGAAUUGGCUUCGGCUUGGGAUUUAGGGUCGUCGCUCUAGGGCCCAGCUUCAGGAAGCUCUCGGUGGAUCACAUCGCCUCUGCUUAUCGGAACACGAGCAAUCGGUUGAUUUUACUGGACUACGAUGGGACGCUGUUGCCGAAAGCUUCCAUAGACAAAAGGCCUAGCAGUGAGGUGAUUUCAGUACUGAAUCGCCUAUGCAGAGAUCCGGAGAACGUUGUUUUCAUCGUGAGUGGUAGAGGUAAGGAUUCUCUAGGAGCGUGGUUUUCGCCAUGUGAGAAGCUGGGUAUCGCAGCAGAGCAUGGUUUCUUCAAAAGGUGGACCGGAGAUUCAGAAUGGGAAACAUGCGGAUUGACGAUGGAUUUCGAAUGGAAGAAGAUAGCUGAACCGAUAAUGGAGCAGUACACGGAGGCAACAGAUGGCUCUUUCAUUGAGACUAAGGAGAGUGCAUUGGUUUGGCACCAUCAAGACGCAGAUCCCCAGUUCGGAUCAUUCCAGGCGAAGGAGCUUCUCAGUCAUCUGGAGAGCGUGCUCACAAACGAGCCGGUGAUCGUCAAAAGAGGUCAACACAUUGUCGAAGUGAAGCCACAGGGCGUAAACAAAGGCACGGUGGUCGAUAAUCUGAUGUCAACCAUGCAGAGCAGAGGGAAGUUGCCCGACUUCUUGCUGUGCAUCGGAGAUGACCGCUCGGACGAGGAUAUGUUCGAGGCUAUAUCGCGCCCAGUUUCGACUCCCUCCACGACAUCCACAGCGGAAGUUUUCGCGUGCACCGUCGGGCAGAAGCCAAGCAUGGCCAAGUACUAUCUCGACGACACUAGCGAAGUAAUCAAGUUGCUUCAGGGCCUCGAAGCCGCGACAUCACAACCAAAACUUGGAUGUCUCCAAUCUUCAUCGGAAGAUGCUCCUUCGACUUUGAGGACAGAGGAAAAGAUUGAGCAGGGACACGAGGACGAUACAGUGUUAGUAAAAAGAAGUUGGCAGCUGUGAUUAGAAUUUUUUUUUUAGGGGACGGAGGGUGAGCGUUUGUUUAGAAAUAGUGGGAAAGCCAAAAGAAAAAAAGCCACCCUUGUACAAAAAAAGGGUACAUAGUCUCACAGUUUCAUGUGUUACAACCACACAGAAGUUUUUACAAGAAUUUACGAGUGAUUCA